CCCGCAGAUCCCGCCGCCGGACGCCCUCAAACUCGAGCUAAUGGGCACACGACCGUGCGGGACCAUUCAUGCGUACGGUUAAAGUCGUCGUUAUAGGCGCGUCCGGCGUAGGAAAGACUAGUCUCCGUGGACAGUAUAUAUCAGGGCGGUUUUCGACUGGGUACCGAGCUACCAUCGGCGCGGAUUUUAUUAGCAAGACUCUGCCUCACUAUGCGCACCCAGAUGAGAAUGUUACGCUGCAGAUUUGGGACACCGCUGGCCAAGAACGCUUCUCCUCCCUCUCCUCCGCCUUCUUCCGCGGCGCCGACGCCGCGAUUCUCGUGUUCGACGUGAACCACCCGCAGACGCUCGACGCGCUGCGCAAGUGGUGGGACGAGUUCAAGGAGAAGGCCCCGCUGCGGGAUGACGAGGUGGACGAGUUUUGCUGCGUGGUCGUGGGGAACAAGGUCGACCUGGUCGGAGGGGAGCCAGAGGCGCAGGGGAAGGUGAGCGAGCUGGAUGCGCUGAGGUUCAUGGACGAGAUCAUCCCUCCCUCGGAGCCGGACUCGGAUGAUACACUACAAUCGCAUCCGCUCGAGUUCCCCCAUAGCAUCGGCGACGGCAGCGUCAAAGGCACCGGGCCCACCAACUCUAUCGAAAUCACCGACCAUCGGCGCCGGCACUCGCAUAGCCCCACGCACCUGCUCUCCAAGUCGCGCUCGCGCAGCCGCUCGUCGAAGUUCCUCGCGGGGACGGUGACGACGACGCACACCACGCUCAGCAUCUACCACACGCCAUCCUCCUCGCUCUUUGACGCAUACGAGUCCGCGCGGUCCUCGCCCGCGCCGUCGAGCUCGCCAGCAGAGUCCGUCAGCAGCUCCCUCCGCUCGCGCAAGCUGAGUAAUCUGUCGAUGUCUACCACAUCGUCUGCACCGACGAUCACGCCCAGUCUCUUCGCGCACCAGCAACACCAGCAGCACCGCCCCCCGCCGCCCGAGAGGAAACCGAAGCUCUUCUUCACGUCGGCGAAGACGGGGGAGGGCGUCCCGGACGUGUUUGAGUACAUCGCGCGACGGGUCGUGAGGAGGUGGGAGUACGAGGAGGCGGUGGAGAGCCGCGUGAUGCACAUGCAGGAGCCCAGUGAGUCCACCACAGUCAGACUGGAUGAGGGAAGGCCGAGGAAGGGGCUCAGCGGGAAGAGUUGUUGUUCGUCGUAGAUAUCGGGUUCAGGGCCACUGAUUUAUUGGGUUGCUGUUAUACAUAUUUCUAUCCUUAUCCGCUACUUGUACGUACGCAUGCUUUGGACCUCAUCAGUACAUGUUCUUUUACACUGACGACACCAUUGGGGAAUAUCUGGUAUCAAGUUCAACAUCCCUUUGG